UUCCAGAUGUGCGCCAAGAUCCUGGAGGUGGCAGGAAAGCUCAAUAUGGACGAGUAUAACUUUUUCCUGCGUGGAGGAGUGGUGCUGGAUCGAGAAGAACAAAUGGAUAAUCCGUGCCCAGGUUGGCUGUCUGAUGCCAACUGGGACAACAUAACAGAACUUGACAAACUGACCAACUUCCACGGCAUCAUGAACUCUUUUGAGCAGUACCCACGUGACUGGAAUCAGUGGUAUACAAGCGCCGAGCCUGAAAGUGCUUGCCUUCCAGGGGAAUGGGAAAACGCCUGCAGUGAGGUGCAGAGGAUGCUGAUUGUCCGCUCGCUGCGCCAGGAUAGGGUGGCUUUCUGCGUCACUGCCUUUAUCAUCAACAACCUAGGAUUGAAAUUCACAGAGCCACCAGUGCUGGACAUGAGAGCGGUGGUUGAUGACUCUCUCCCUCGUUCCCCACUGGUGUUUGUUCUCUCUCCAGGCGUGGAUCCCACAGGCGGACUUCUACAACUAGCCGAGCAGUGCCACAUGUCGCAGCGUUUCCAUGCUCUGUCCUGGGACAAGGCCAAGCACCCAUUGCUACUCGCAUGAUCAAAGAAGGAGUGAAGGAAGGUCACUGGGUGUUCCUGGCCAAUUGUCACCUCUCUCUCUUUCAUGGAUGCCGCAGCUGGACAAGUUGGUGGAGCAGCUGCAGGUGGAGAAUCCACACCCAAGCAGCUUCAGACUGUGGCUCAGCUCCAGCCCACACCCCUGAGUUCCCCAUCUCCAUCCUGCAGGCCAGCAUCAAGAUGACAACUGAACCACCCAAGGGCCUCCGCGCCAACAUUGAAGCGCCUCUACCAGCUGAUCACAGAGCCUCAGUUCUCCCGCUGCACCAAGACCUCCAGCUACCGUCGUUUGCUCUUCUCCCCUCUGCUUCUUCCACAGCAUUCUCCUGGAGAGAAGGAAGUUCCUCCAGCUAGGCUGGAACAUCGUGUACGG